AAAAAAUGAAAUCCGAUCAAUUUGCCUAUGACAACUUUUUCCAAGAACAAAUCAUGAAGAAGAAACAGGAUCAUUCGUAUCGUGUCUUUAAGAAGGUUAAUCGCUUGGCUGGUUCAGGCCUAUUUCCCCAUGCCUUGGAGUAUUCGACGCGCGAGGAACGUCCCAUUACGGUGUGGUGUUCCAAUGACUAUUUGGGUAUGUCUGCCCAUGCUAAAGUUAAAAAGGCCGUGGCCGAGGCAUUGGAGUGUCAUGGCUCAGGAGCCGGUGGUACCCGUAAUAUAUCGGGUAAUUCAAUGUACCAUGAAAUGCUGGAGUCACGUUUGGCCAAACUACAUGACAAAGAGGCCGCCCUGCUGUUUACCUCCUGUUACGUGGCAAAUGAUUCGACCCUCUACACCUUGGCCAAACUCUUACCCGGCUGUCAUAUAUUUUCCGAUGCUGGUAAUCAUGCCUCUAUGAUACAGGGUAUACGAAAUAGUGGAGUGCCCAAGCACAUUUUCCGGCACAACGAUGUGGAUCAUUUGGAGAGUAUGCUGUGUAAAUUCGACAAGAAAAUGCCCAAAAUUGUAGCCUUUGAGACGGUACAUUCGAUGACUGGUGAUAUCUGCCCGCUGGAAGAGUUGUGUGAUGUGGCACAUGAAUAUGGUGCCAUCACGUUUGUGGAUGAGGUGCAUGCGGUGGGUUUGUAUGGUGAACAUGGUGCUGGUAUUGGUGAACGGGAUGGUGUUAUGGAUAAAAUGGACAUUAUUUCGGGUACAUUGGGUAAGGCAUUUGGCAAUAUUGGAGGUUAUAUUGCCAGUACUCAUAAUUUGGUGGAUAUGAUACGUUCCUAUGCGGCUGGUUUUAUUUUUACCACCUCUCUGCCGCCCACCGUGUGCAGUGGUGCCCUUCAAUCCAUUGACAUUUUGGCAUCUGAAGAAGGUCAACAAUUGAGAGCUUUGCAUCGCAGCAACGUCAACUAUUUACGUAACCUAUUACGGUCUGAAGGUUUUCCCGUUGAGCCCACCCCCAGUCACAUCAUCCCCAUACGUAUUGGUGAUCCCUUGAAGAGUUCGAAAAUUUCCGACCUGCUAAUGUUUGAAUUUGGCCAUUAUAUCCAAGCUAUUAACUAUCCAACUGUCGCCCGGGGUGAGGAAAAGUUGCGUUUGGCCCCCACACCAUUCCAUAAUGUCGAUAUGAUGAAUCAACUGGUGAAUGAUAUGAAAAAAGUAUGGAAAAUGUUAGACAUGCCAUUGAAAGCUGCUGCCCAUGACGCUAACGCUACUGCUACCCCGCCACAUGCCAACUAUUUGAAUGCCAAGAAUAAUAUUAAUGUUCUUAAUUAGAAA